AAGAAAAGAGGUUGAAAAGAGAAGGAGAAGGGAGAUUGAAAAGAAAUAUAUGCUUAUACUCUCUCUGAAAAUUGUGGAAACACGUUUCGCGGAUUCGCGUUUGAUUCACAUUUGAUUUUUCGCGUAUACGUACAGAUUCGGAUCAUGAAUUUUUACAAAUUACGUAUACGCCUGUGACGUUUUUCCGUGAUGUUUUAUGUAUUCGGUACUUCACGCCGGUUGUUGCAUUUCUGCAUAGACGCUGCAUGCUGCAUAGAAAGUUAUGAUAAAACGAUGGCUGAAUUUCUCAGUCUACAAAUUGGAGUCUUAUUAGGUAAUUUGUGAAACACAUGGCAGGAAGGAAAUCUUUGGAUUACCGUACAUCCUGUGCGGAUGAUAGUGAUGAAAUUGAAGGUCUUAAUGAGAAACUUCUACAACUGUUAUCUGAACAAAAGACCUUUUCACAAAUUUCCAAAAAUCAAUCGUGUGACGAUAGACUAAAAAAUAAUAGUAAUUCCAAAGUAGAGUUCAAUGUGUCCACUUCUUCAUUAUUUAGCCAUUGUAGACACGAGUGUUCUCUUCUACAUCAUGAUAGUCCAGUUAAUAUACCAACUUUAUCGAUUCAUCUUCCACCUAUUGGUGUAUUUUGGGACAUCGAGAACUGUCAAGUUCCUAAAGGCAGAUCCGCCAUAGCAGUUACGCAAUUAAUUAGAGAUAAAUUUUUUAAUGGCUAUAGAGAAGCAGAAUUUAUUGUAGUUUGUGAUGUUCAGAAAGAGAAUAACCAAAUUAUACAAGAAUUGAAUGAUGCUCAGGUUAAUUUAAUACAUGUAGCUGCCACAUGUAAGAAUGCCGCAGAUGAAAAACUUAAACAGUCCAUCAGAAGGUUUGCGGAUAUUCAUGGCAGUCCAGCAGCUAUAAUCUUAAUAUCUGGAGAUAUUAAUUUUGCCGCUGAUCUCAGUGAUUUACGUCAUAGGAAAAAAAUUUAUGUAAUAUUAAUACAUAAAAAAAAUACCUCAGAAGCACUAAUAUUAUGUGCUAAUGAACAUUAUGAUUUUAUGGAGCUUACGGAGCCACUUCCGUCCAGAACUCCAGCAAAGGGUAACGAAUCCUAUGACCUUUUAGUUAGUAAUCUUCCUGAUGAAAAGGAUGUUAAUGUCAUUAAGCGCCGCCUUAAGCAAUUAUCUGAAAAUUGCGGUGGUCGCGUGAUAGAUGUCCAAUCAAAUACUGCCAUUGUACGCUUUACGUCGCACAGUUCUGCAGACAGGGCUCAGAAGCGUAUGGAAGGAGAAAAUGUUCUUGGUUCAAAAAUACUUGUAAAAUAUCUCUGUAAGGAAAAAGGAAAUAUAAUUGGUAAAAAUCUUGGAAAUAUAACACGAAGCCGGGCAGUCAGUGAAUCAGAAAUUGUUACCAGUCCUAAACAAAGCAACUCUAAGCAAAUGUAUGCUGCGAGUGCCUCUGUAUUAGGGACGAGAACCCUCCAAUUCCCAAAUUAUCAAACAUCAUCACCUGUAGUUGGUGCUUAUCCGGCUUUUAAUGCGCAUUGCGCGCCAAUUAAUGCCCCAUUAUCAGGGAUGAUGCAACAACCUCCAAUAUUUGGGAGGUCAUUCAAUAAUGACGUGACUUUUAAUAGGUCAUAUAAUGAACUCGCUAGAGUACAGUCACCCUUAAUUUGGCCAAUUGCAGGACCGCAAUAUAACCAUAUAUGGGAAGAACAAUAUAAAGUGGAGAAAUCAAAGAUACUAGGAAAACGAGCUCAUGUCUCGCAGGUUCGAGAUACUAAUGUUGCUAUUGGUGUAACUUCUCGAACUCCCGAAGGCCUUAGGCGUAUUAGAGGCACUCACAGUUCCUUUGCUUAUGCUUCUGAAUGGGUUGGAGCUCGGCAGUCGUAUAAUUCAUUAGCUGUUCCACUCAAUUAUAAUGGGCAAUCCAACUCUUUUAAACGGCGCAGUCCAUCUCCUCUAUACGAUGCACCAACUAGAGAAAAAAAUGCAUGGCAUGGUCAGAAUCAACAGCAAAUUUCUACACGAAACAACAAAACGCCAUCGCCUUAUGAAAAUAGUAUAUUACAAGGAACAGGGCAACACAACCAAACCUCACGCUCUUCGAUUUUGAGUGAUACAGAAAAUGAAGAAGUAGAGAAAUUUUGCAAUCCUAUAAAUAAUCGCAAUGGAUCUAGCGCUAAUAAUGGCACUAAUACGCCCAUCGAAUUGCAAGUGACAAAUUUAGAUCAAAGCACUGAUAUAAAAGAUAUGAAGCGGAUUCUUACAUCUAUAUUCAUGGAACAUGUUUCGAGCUGUCAUAUUUCUAUAUUUAUGCAAUCGGACGGUAAUUUUGCCGCCAGCGUCAAAGUACCUUCAUUACCGGAUGCACAAUAUGCAAUUUCACAAUUACAUCGCCGUAAAAUAGGCUAUAAACGCAUCUUGAUAUCUUAUGCUCAUAUCGGUGGACCAAAUCCCCAACUGAUUCGAGCGCAAAUCGUACUGCUUCUGCAAGAAGUGCCGGGACACAAACUCCCGCUAUUCAAGUUCCGCGAGAUGUACGAAAGUCGAUUUAUGAUCUCUGUAAGCGUCUCCGAAUUAUAUAAAAUGAGAGACGUGUGCAUAAUUACUGAAGAUCCGAGUGGCAGAAUGGUCUCGCUCAAUCCUGAUCAUAGAAACACACCAUCACCAUGUAAUACAGUACAAGAUGGACAAGUCAAGUUGCCAUACUGUACAAUCCAUAUUGCAAAACCAGUGUCUGAUAAAGGCUGGGCAGAACAAGAGAUGGCAUCCUUGCCUAAUGUAAAGAUUUCUUUGAAAGUUCUCGAGUUUCGUCUGCAAGAAUUACUAGUGUCGCACAAUGGCAUACUACCUUUACCAAGUUUGCCAAAUUGUUACGAUGCCGAAUUCAAGGAAAAGUUGGAAAUUGUAGAAAAUGGGGUACCUUUGGAACAUUUAGUAUCAUGCUUAUCAUCUGUUGAUUUAAGACAGGAUAUUGGCAGCGUGAAAUAUAUCGUGUGGGUAGGAAAAAAGGAUCAUGAAACUAAUCAUGAUGAAAACAAAUGCGUGAGUCCAUCGCUCGCAAAUCAGUUGGCCCUUUUCAGUCGUGAAUUGGUCGACCUUUUGAAAACCGCUCCGCACUGCCAAUUACCCUUUAAUCGAUUUAUACCAGCAUACCAUCAUCAUUUUGGACGACAAUGUAGAGUCGCCGAUUAUGGGUUCACUAAACUAAUUGAUUUGCUGGAGGCACUUACACAUACAGUCCAAGUAAUGGGUGAAGGCAAUAAGCGCGUCGUUACAUUAUCGCACCGUACUCAAGUACGUCGAUUCACUUCGGAUUUAUUACGAGUGCUAAAAUCGAAAGCGAGUAAACAAGUAGCACUGUCGGAAUUUCCAAGUGUUUACAGUAGAGUAAUAGCAAAACCGUGGGAUAUUGUCGAUUACGGCGUAUGCAAUAUCGAAGAUAUUCUCAGUGAAGUGUCUGAAAACACGGUUGUCGUAACAUCUAUCGAAGGCGGCGAUAAAAUGAUUGCUAUUCCUAAACGUGAACAGACUGCGGAAGAGAUUGACCGAACAAAAUUGUUCGCUAAGGAAGUUGUCGAAUUACUGCAACAUGCGCCUCAAUGCAGAAUGUUGUUCAACAAGUUUGUACCUUCUUAUCAUCAUCAUUUUGGUCACCAAUGUCGAGUGUCGGAUUACGGAUUCACCAAAUUGAUCGAAUUGUUCGAAGCAAUUCCGGACGUAGUUAAAAUUGAUGAAGUUAAUGGAGGCGAGAGACAGAUAUCCUUGACUGAAAAAGAGGGUCUUAAGGUUCUCUCCGAACAGAUAUCGAAAUUGGUGAUGCGAGCCAAAGGCGGCCUUAUGAUCUCGAGUAUCACGCAAACAUUUCUACAUCAAUUCGGCUACGCUUUGCGUCCCGAAUUAUUCGGCUGCAAUUCCAUGUUACAUCUUAUGCAAAAACUUGGAGAUACCAUUCAGAUCAUAGAUUUAGCCACAGGACCUGCUAUUAUCACAAUAGACAAAUCACACUUGCAACAAACAACUCUUCAAUGCCGACGCGUACUGAUGGAUCAACCUCAACAUAGAAUGCCCGUUAUUGAAUUUGUUCAACAAUACUCUCAGUAUUAUUUGAAGCAAUGUAAUCUAGACGAGUUUAGAAAAGAUCUUACAAAUGUUGUUCGGUUUACAGACAUAAAUGGCGAAAAAUUCAUUGAACUGACACCGUUACAUCGCUUUGCUUGUGAUCUUUAUCGCGUGAUGAUAAAUUGCGGUGAUACAUUAAACUUAUCGCAGUUUGAUGCAUCAUACUCAACUAUCAUAGGUUCACUUUGUAAACCUACACAAUAUGGAUUUCCAACAAUAACUGCACUUUUACAAGCAUUACCUUGUACAGUAACGAUAAAGGAAACACGGAAGAAGGAAGCGAUUAUUUAUUUAAAUAAAAAUUAUAAAGCUGCGGCCGGUAUACUUUUGCCAACGGUAUACAAGCCGAUGUCAUCCUAUCACGAUACGGAUUCCAGCAACGAUUCGUUUGAAAGCGAUUCUUCUUAUCGCGUAAACGCUUCGAAUACUCUGGGCGUGGUGGAUAAUCACGAGAAGUGGAUAGAUCAGUUGACCAACGUCAAUUCUUGGAAAGCGAAAGAGGAUAAAGCUUUGUGGUCGGAGAAUCGUAUCAAGCAUUGGAUGAACCUGGCGACUACGGAAGAACGCUCGAUUAAUUGGUCGGAAAGCGGCGGCGAGAGCUUCCUGAGGAGUUUAAUACGCACACCGAUAAUGCAACAUGAUUUCCCUCCACCGCCACCUAAACCCGAUUCCCCGCCCGAGAACUCCGUAUGUAAGGGAGAGCAUUGGAAAUCGUCCCUAUGGAUGUCUCCAACGAAAUUUACAUAUCCUCAAGACGAACAUUCCACAAACGUGCAGGUUCCCCCGUUAACUUUACCGAGCUGGAAUCAAUACCUGUCCGGUGAUGGUACAUCAGACUUGCUAUCGCCAACAAAAAAUCUAUUACCCGCUGCUGCGAAUCCUUUGUAUCCGCCUACUUCUCCUUACUAUUCCAAAUCUGUUGUUGCACCGCAUCCCUCAGAACUGCCACUUCCUUCUUUAUCCCUAACACCCAAGAAGAAGAUAUUAGUAGAUAAUCAGAAGAAGAUUGCCGUUAGAACGCAUCUCAAUCUUGCAAGCUCCGAAAGCGAAGAUACUAAUACCACCAUCGAUGAUGAUGAGAACAGCGAUAGUCACAGCACUUCUAGCAAGCUCCUAACUAAGGGCAAGAGACGCUUGGCAGCCCAGUUUAAUCAGCCGAUCGAGCCAUGAUUGAAACAAAGAAUAUGCAGAAAGAGAUGUUGAAAAAAAUAAUAAACCCAGGAUCAAAACCGAUUGAGUUUGAUAAAUCUUGUGCUUGAAGAUAGUAAGAAUUGCUUCGAUAUUACAAUAUUUCGGUUGCCACUUAAAAUGAAUUAGAUUACCUAUAUAACUAUUUCACUGAUAGUGGUAGGUACCACACUUUAUUUAUACUCGAAAUUUAUAACAAAUUUGUGUAUAGAGUAAAUGUGUAUGCAAAUAUGUAUGCGAUAGAGGAGAUACUACUUGUAAACACUUCAGUUAUUUUCAAAGUGUAUGAAAAUAAUACAUCGAGUUAGAUUGUGAUUGUUAUAAUCGGGAUUCUAAUAUCAAAUGCGUGAGUGAUCGAAUUUAUACCGAAUGACAUGUGCUGAUGAUUAGGAAACAUGUAGCAUUUUUCGUACUGUGAUAUAGGAUAUAAAACAAGCAAAAUAGUAAUAUUAUACACCUAAAGAAGAAAGGUUUGGAUGGCAAUAAUUAUCUUUCGGCAAAUCACAUUCAAGAAGCGUGGCACAGUAUAUUUAGUUGUGAUUUAUUACAAUUUAAAUCUUUUUAUAUUGUGCGUCAAUACAUAUUUUUUAUU